AUGUAUUAAGUAAGUUUAGAUAAAUCUUUGGAAACACCAUGUGCUUAGGAACCAAAUAAAUUAAAAAGCAUAAGAAAUUAUACUGAGCUAUAAGAAUCUAAUGCAGUAAUUACAAUAAAAACAAAAGGAAACAAAUAUAUCUUGUCGAAAUUAUAUCCUUACUACUACUUAAAACAUAACACUGUGUUACUUCAAUAUGUUGGUGAAAAUGAAAUAAAUUCCUUUUUAGAUGAAUUAAACAAAACAAUUGCUAAUAAUUGGCCUCCAAAAACAUUAAUUCUCAUAUCCUAUAUACUUGUUCCUCUAAGUUGUGGGUUUUCUCUAUUAUGCCCAUACUAUUGUUUUAAUAAUGCAGAAAAAUAUGUGUCAUGGAAAAUUGAAGAAUAAAAUAUUAAAUGGGAAGAUAAAGGAUUAAAAUUGAAAUGGCAAGACGACUAGUUAUAGAUUCAUUUAUAUAAUAAGAAAGGAAAAUCAGAUUAUGAUUACCAUGAUAUAGAUGUUAUUAUUGCAUGA